AAGCUUUGUUUUUGUUUACGUUUGCUGCGAGCCCGCCAUUUCUCAUCAACCUGCGGCCCUGUUUGGGUUGUUGCUUUGGGGAACAAAAGUACUCUUCUCGGUGCCAUAUGAACGAAACAACUCGAUUUAACGUGAGCUAUUGCUCCGAUCCGCUGUUUAAGCUGCGCGUGCUAAAGCAAGCAACGGUUGAGAAAUGUGACAUCUGUUUGCUGAACGAAAACAACCCCUUACGCUACGGCGAGUUUGUCGAGAAGGUGUACAAAACGCAGCGAAAGAUACGAGCUCACUACUUUUGUUUGCUCUCCGGCACCAACAUUCCCCAGAAUGGUUCAACACCGGCCGGCAUCGCCGGGUUUAAAAUAUCGGACGUGCUGAGCAGCUAUGCGGAGUAUCGCGAAAAGCAAUGCUACUACUGCCGGCAUCCGUCGGCCCCGGUCGAGUGCGCCCAGGCCGGGUGUGGCCGCCGGUAUCACUACAUCUGCGGCUACAGCAACUCCUGCGUGACACAGUUUGACGGUGAGUUUCGCUCCUACUGCGACCAACACCUCCCGGAAGGGUGUCGCGUGCCGGUGACGACGAAGGGCCGCCGCUGCUCGAUUUGCUUCGAGGAUCUGCCCCAGGUAACGGAGCCGGACUACAAUCCGCUUUCCAUCGUGCGGACGCACUGCGACAGCGAGUGUCCGCCCGGGCUGCUGCACCGCGAGUGUGUGCAGCGGUUUGCCUACACGUCCGGGUACAACUUCAAGUGUCCACUGUGCUGGAACAAAGCAUUCCGGGUGCAUGCGGCCGAGGUCGGCAUCUUCAUACCGCAGCGCGAGUCGGCCUGGGAGCGUGAGCCGGGUGCGUUUAAGGAUCUGCACAAGCGCAAGUGUACGGCCGUUGACUGCAAGGUCGGGCACGGGCGGAAUGCGGCGAACCAGCUGGUUGGGUGCAAAGUUUGCGGUGGCCAGCUGAUGCACCGGCAGUGCUGCGGGGUGUCGGAAGCGGACGACUAUCUUUGCAGUGGGUGCAGGGAUGAAUCGUUCGUGCGGCUAGUUUAAUUAAGGUAACGGAUACUGGGGAAUCAAUCAUUGUAGAUUUCGUUUUUUUUUAAAUGAUUUUUAAGUCUACCGUAAAAUAAACCUUGUAUGGAAAGCUGUA